GUUGCAUCACAUUUCAUGGUCAACUCCUCAACUGGAGUAGUACAGGACUGCCACUAGUUUGGACUAUGAAUUUGUUCAGAAGUAUGAAAUUACAGUGACUGCCACUGACGGUGGAAUCGAUGAAAGAUUGAGUUCAGCUACUGUUACUGUGACAGUGUCCGAUGCAAAUGAACACACUCCCCAGUUCUCCAGCAAUGACUACACUCUCCUUCUCCCUGAAAACACUCUGAGGAACAGCCGGUUCUCUCUGUUGGAGGUGACAGACAUGGACAGUGGGGACAAUGGAAUGCUCUCCUUCUCUGCCGAUAUCUCAGCUCCACUACAAGUAGACAGCGAGACAGGAGAAGUUGUAUUGGUUCAGUCUCUCGACUACGAGGCAGACACCAGCUACAUGUUCACUGUCAAUGUAACUGAUAAUGGAGAAUUCCCUAACACAAACUCCACUAGGGUCUUAGUUCUCGUGGAGGAUGUGAAUGACAACAGUCCAGUCUUCCAGAACACUAGCUACUCCACCACUAUCCCAGAGGCCAACACCACCUCACCCUAUGACAUCCUCACAGUUAACGCCACUGACAGAGACUCCAACGCGUUAGGGAGUGUCAGAUACAGCUUGUUGUCUGGAGCCAGCCCCCUCUUCUAUAUUGACAGAGGAACAGGACAACUUCUGGUUGUGGAGAAUGUCGAUUUUGAGUCACUUAACCCAGUCCAAGGAGCCAGCGAGGUCCAGCUCCAGCUGACGGUUGAAGCCAGGGAUGGUGGAGGCCUCGCCUCUACUGCUUUCAUCACUGUGACUGUGACUGACGAGAAUGACAACUCCCCGGUGUUCAUUAAUGCUCCAUACACUGCUAGUGUUAGAGAAAACACAGCUCCCGGGCUGGAGGUGACCGCGGUGAGGGCAAGUGACAGGGACAGUAAUGAAAACGGAGUCGUGAGGUAUUCUAUUGACAACAAUGAAAACUUCUCCAUUGAUGAGAUCACUGGAGUCAUUACCACGGGAACUGUGGGUCAAUCCAGUUCUUCUAUGCUCUAUGACCAUGAGUCUGAUACAAAGGUGUACAGUCUGACAGUCUAUGCAACAGACAACGGCACAGAUGCAAGAGUCUCAGAAACUUUAGUCACAGUGACAAUAUUGGACACCAAUGACAACAGUCCAGUGAUAGAGUCAGUAGAUGGGCAGAUUGUGGCAGUCCCUGAGGAUGCUGGUAGAGGCACACUAGUAGGGGCUGUCAUCAAUGUUAGAGAUGAUGACGAUGAAGAGAAUGGACAGGUGAACUUCACUCUGUCCAAUGAUGGAGGUCUGUUUGAAGUGAGUCCAUCUGGUGAAGUCACUCUUGCAGGAGAACUGGACAGAGAGACCCAGGCAGAAUACAACAUCACCGUCACUGUCACUGAUAGAGGCCAGCCACAAAGAACAGCUCUGACGUAUAUCUUGGUCAGUGUGGAAGAUGUAAAUGACAAUGCCCCAAUCUUCAGUCAGGAAAUCUGCACAGCAGCCAUUUCAGAGAGGGAAGGUGGAAACGCACUUGUCGCCCAACUCAGAGUUGAAGACAGAGAUUCAGUGAACAAUGGAGCAGAGCAACUCUCAUUCAACAUUGUAAAUGACCAGCCAAUGUUCAUUGUUGAGGGGAUGGAGGAUGGAGGCUCAUGGCUGGUGAAAGUAAAGACUGCAACGGGAAGUGAGUUUGACUAUGAGACUGGGCCUCGUUCGUACCUCCUUGUGAUCGAGGCCAGAAACAUGCGCUCUCCUUUCCUGGCUGCCACUACAAACUUCACUAUCAUUCUUUUUGACAUCAAUGAUGAGCUUCCAGAGUUUUCCACUUCCCCAUACACCUUCUCUGUGCCAGAGAAUUUCCCUGGUGGUGGGACAGUGGGUUCCAUACUGGCCACUGACCCCGAAGAAGGAAUGGUGUCUUAUGAAUUUGCGGAUGGCACACCAGACAGCACCAAAAACACUUUUUCCCUUCACACCAAUACGGGAGUACUGACUCUCAAAAUUCCCAUCAACAGUUCAAUAGAGUUUUCAGUUGUGGCAAGAGAUGGAGGAAAUCCAUUCCAGAUUUCUACUGCCAGUGUCAGGGUAACUAUCGAGGAUAUUGAUGAGCUUGCACCAACGUUCACUCGAGCCUUAUACAGCGAAACCGUGUUUGAGAAUAGGGAUCCAGCAGAAGUUAUUACUGUCAGAGGUACCAGCACUGACUCCAGUGCCAUCACCUUCAGCAUUGUGGCUGGUGACACUCCUGACUUCUCCCUUGACUCCAACACUGGAGUCCUUAGUACAACACGUUCUCUUGACAGGGAGGCCAUUCCUCUAUAUAUCUUCACUGUACGGGCUGAAGAUGGUAUGGGCAGAGCCAGUUACACUCAGGUGAUUGUCACAGUGGACGAUGAGAACGAUGUCACCCCAACAUUUCCACUGUACUCUUACACAUACUGCAUUAAAGAGUCGUCAGCAAUCUCCACUACCCUAGAGCCAUAUGCUAGAGCAACCGACGCUGAUGUUGGCAGCAAUGGAAUCAUUGAGUACUUCCUUCAGUCAUCCUCUACUCACCCAUUCCGAGUAGACCAAUCUUCUGGAGUGGUUUCUCUGGAUGGAGAAUUGGACAGAGAGACCAAACCAUCAUACACCCUCAUUCUAGAGGCAGUAGACCAAGGUCCUCCCAGCAAAACUGGCACCACUGAGCUCAGGAUAAAAGUGGAUGAUGUUGACGAUGAACGUCCAAUCUUUGAUCAAACUUCGUAUUCUGCCACUAUCCUUGAGAACUCUCCUGAGGGGGUGUCUGUUGCUGUUAUAAGCGCCAACGACCAAGACACCAAUUCUCUCAAUUACUAUAUCACUGACGGAGACCCACUUGGGCAGUUCUACAUGGACCCUCUCUCAGGCCUCAUAACAACAACUGCUGUCUCUCUGGACAGAGAAACCGAGGAUGAGUACAGACUCAAGGUUUCUGUCACUGAUGGCUCCAGAAUGGACGAGGGCGAGGUAGUGGUUGUCAUUGGCGACCUCAAUGACAAUAGUCCUUUAUUCACUCAAGAAACAUAUAUCGUCACUCAUGAUGAAAGCAACAGCAAUGAUUUGGUUGUCACCAAAUUAACUGCAAAUGACGAUGACGAGGGGAGCAACGGGAGAGUAGAAUAUCGUAUCACUGGCGGCAACCGUAAUACCAUCUUCUACAUGGACUCCUCAGGGCAGGUGGUGGCAAGGGCAGGGAAACUUGACUACGAGACAGAUCCAAUGCACACUCUGACCAUCGAAGCCAUUGACCAGGCCUCUCCAGAAAGCAUGCAGAGGUUCUCUACUGCAGUGGUGACGGUACUGUUGAGAGAUGUCAAUGACAACCGACCCAUCUUCUCUCAGAGUCUGUACAACACAAGUCUCAUGGAGAAUGUGGCCAUGGGAACAACUGUUGCGGUUGUCUCAGCAACAGAUGGAGACUUGGGAACCAAUGGACAGAUCAGUUAUAGACUCGAAGGCUCGUCAAGAUUGUUCACCAUCAACACCACUAGUGGAGUUGUUAAGGUAUCAGGAGAUGUGGAUUAUGAGAUGGGACAGGAACAUGAGUUGAGUGUGGAAGCCAGAGACAAUGGAGACCCCAGACGUAGCAAUGUGGUCACACUGCAUGUUGAUGUGAUCAAUGUUGAGGAUGAGGCACCUCAAUUCCCCAUCAGUUUCUACACCACCAGUGUAGAUGAAGGUGCUCCCAGCUCAACGUCAGUGCUGACAGUGUCAGCUACUGACCCUGAUGGAACUGACUCCUUGGUCUACGACAUCAUCCAGUCUUCAAGCAAUGUUGGCAGCUCUUACUUCAGGAUGGACCCAGUCAGCGGAGAGAUCUCCACUACAGGCACUCUGGACAGAGAGACUGUGCCUGUCAUAGACCUUGCAAUCAUUGCUACUGACUCUGCAGGCCACAAUGAUACUGCAAUAGUCCAGAUCACUGUUGGAGACGUGAAUGAUAAUUCUCCUCAGUUCAAUGCCGAGUACUACACAGCCUCACUCAGGGAGAACAGUCCUGUUGGGACCACCAUUGUUCCAUUCUUUGAUGGAAGCAGCACGAGAGUGGAGGCCAGGGAUGCAGAUGGACCGGGUGUGAACUCAGUGGUCAUCUAUGACAAGGAAGGAGAAGACCAGGACAAAUUCUCCAUUGACAAGGACACAGGCGUUGUGACAGUUGCUGCAGGAGCUGUCCUGGACAGAGAGGUUGACCAAACUCUGGAGCUCAUCAUCACUGCUGAGGAUCGUGCCACCUCCCCAAGGAUAUCCCGUAUUACCAUGACAAUCACCCUUGAGGAUGAGAACGACAACAUUCCAUUCUUCAUUCCUCGGUUUGGCUACUCUUUAACUGUACCAGAAGACACAGCAGUGGGGACAGUCCUAACAAUUGCUGAGGCAGUGGAUCCUGACCUGGCAGGCGAUAUCUCCUUCACAGCAGGCACCUCCUCCCCUCCACACAAGCUUUCGUGUUUCUCUAUCAACAGUACAACUGGAGCCAUUACUCUAGAGAGAAGCCUGGACCGCGAACAAGAUCCCUUCAUUUCUCUCAUGAUUAGUGCCCAUGACAGCGGCACACCCAGUCUGGCUGCCAGCACUAUGGUGCAGAUUACAGUCACUGACGUCAAUGACAACCAGCCAGUCUUCUCCCAGGAGACCUAUAUUGCCAUGGUUUCAGAGGCCCACACCAUUGGUGCAUCAGUCAUCGCGGUUGUGGCUGAAGAUCCUGAUUUUGGGACCAGUGGUCAGCUGGAGUACAGUGUAAACAGCAGACAGUUCUCCAUCAACAAAGAUACAGGAGAGCUAACAACAACUGUGGCUCUGGACUAUGAGACUCAGAGACUAUAUGAUGACAUCACCAUCCUGGCAUGUGACAAGGAUCCUCAGAGCAACUGCUCUACUGCCAGUGUGAGAGUUUACGUGAUGGACUUCAACGACAAUUCCCCAUCUUUUGACUUCUCACUGUAUCGCACGGACAUCUGCCACACCCACCCAGUGGGUGAGGUAUUCAUACAGCCUGUUGCCAUUGACAAGGACUCAGGAAUAUACUCUCAAGUGACAUACUCUCUGGAUGAUGAAAGUGGACUGACAUCAAUCUCGCCAGACACCGGGCGAAUGUUCCUUCGUAGAAAUGUGACAUCUGAGGAAAUAGGGUUAGAGUUCACUGCUGUCAUUACAGCUAGGGAUGGGGGAACCCGCAUGCUCUCUGCUGAUACUGAGGUUGUUGUGCGGGUCCUUGACUGCACAACUGACCCAUUCAGAUUUAUCGUCCCUUUCUUUGAGGGUGAAGUGACAGAAGAGCAGACAGGAAAUAGCGUAACAGUUGUUAUUCUCUCUGAUUCUUCUGGUGGAACCCUAAGUGGUGGAAUCUCGACAGAGCCAGGCCAAGCUCAGGGGUUGUACUUCAGUCCUGAACUACCACAAAACCCAUUCGGUCUCGCUGGUACAGCUCUCACCGUCACCCAGCCUGACCUACUGGAUCGAGAGACACGUGGUUUCUACACAUUGCCAGUUAUUGCUACUGGAAGCAUGGCCUAUGCCACAGUCACAGUCAGAGUGAUGGAUGUGAAUGACAACCGUCCACAGUUACAGCUGCCUGCUCUCUUGUUCACUGUCCCUGAGAAUAUCUCUGAGCCUGUCUACAUCACCACUGCUGUUGCCAAUGACGAUGAUACUGGAAACAAUGCUGAUAUUCAGUUUAGCUUCACCGUUACCAGUGACAACUUUAGCAUCAUGGGAGUACUGGAGAGUACCAUACACUUGUUUCAGGCAACAGAUGGAAUGUUCUCAGAGGAGGGCACUAUCACAGUGACUGUUGCAGAUGUCAACGACAAUCCCCCAGUGUUUGGACGAGACUCAUACUCAGUGGCGGUGCUUGAAAAUAGACCUCGAGGUACCAGUGUAUUGACUGUGGAGGCCACAGAUGAGGAUUUGGGAGAGAAUGCUACCAUUUCAUUCUCCAUUGCUGAAGGAGAUGAGAGGCUCUUCACUGUCGACUCCGAGACUGGACUGGUCAGAACAUUGGUUGAACUAGACUUUGAGAGCAACCCUUGGCAUUCGCUGAUCGUUAGAGCUUCUGAUGGUGGAGCUUCUUCUCUGUCAAGCUUUGCGGUGAUCAAUAUAACAGUCAUGGACCUCAAUGACCACAUCCCUACUUUUUUGAAUCCCUUGCCUUCCAUCGAGAUCUCUGAGAGAGUAGACAUAGGGGAGAUUCUGACAGAUUUUGAUGUAUCUGAUAGUGACAGCGGUGAUCUUGGUGAAGAUGGAGUCAGAUUUGCCAUUGUUGCAGGAGAUACUGAUCUGUUCUCAGUGGAUAAUGUCACUGGUGUCUUGAAGACGGAGGCCCUCUUGGACAGAGAUGAGGGACCAGAGUGUCAUUUCCUCACCAUCCAGGCAACAGACUCUGCUGGAGACAGCUCACUCUCCAGUGUGACUGAGAUUCAGGUGUGCCUCAUGGACGUAAAUGAUAACUGCCCAAAGUUCAUUCAACCAUCAUUCAGUGGACAGAUACCGGAGAACCAGGUAACUGGCCAGCAGCUGCUGCUAAGAGUGCGGGCCACAGAUGGCGACAGUGGUACCAAUGGAGCCAUUGAGUAUGGCCUGUUGAGGGAUGGUGUAGUGUUUGACAUCGAUCCCACGACUGGAUUCCUCUCUCUCACCUCAUCUCUGGACACAGAGACGACUCCCAGCUACGACCUGGUGGUUGAGGCCUGCGACCGUGGAGCAGGGCCAUGCUGCACCAACACAACCAUCACUGUGGAUGUUAUUGACGUCAACGACAACAGACCUGUGAUCACAAACAUCAAUACAGACUCCUGUAUCGAUGUCGUUGAGACCAAUGAGGCAUACAGUUGUCAGGGGAAUGUACAGGAAAUUGGAGAUGUGGUGUUCGCAGUCAACGCCACUGAUAGGGACAGUGGACUGAAUGGAGCAAUUCUCUUUGAAAUUGUUGGCAGCAGCCCCUUCUUUGACAUCUCCUCCAGUGGAGUGAUCACAAUAGCUGGCCAGCUCGACUACGAGACUCAGAACACACACCAGCUGUACAUCAAUGCCUUGGACCAAGGCCAGCCUCUUUCCCUCACGUCUGAGACCAGGAUCCUCUGCAUCAACGUAGUGGACAUCAAUGACAAAAUCCCCUCCUUCCCUGUUACCCAAUAUAACAUGACCCAGAAUGAGGGCACACUGCCUGAAGCAGCCAUUGUGAAUGUCUUUGCAAGAGAUGACGAUUCAGGAGACAAUGCAGCUGUCUUUUACUCCAUCACCAAUGGAAAUACCUCAGUCUUCAGAAUCAAUGAGGAAACUGGUCAAAUGUUUCUGCUGGAGGAGUUAGAUUGUGAGACGACCACUAGUUUCUCUCUCACCAUCACAGCCAACAACUCUCUGAGUACCUGUCCCCUCAGCAGCACAGUCCAGGUCCUUGUAUUGGUGGGUGAUGUGAACGACAACCCUCCAGUCCUCAGCCAAAACAUGUACAACACCACCAUACCUGAGAACGUGGCACUCUCUGAAGAAAUCCUUCGAAUUUACGCCACAGAUGCAGAUAAGACUGCUCCAAAUAACGAGCUGCAGUAUCGUCUUCUGCUGGGAGCUGGCUCUAAUCCAUUCCAUCUGGAUGAUCAGGGGCGGUUGACAGUACAGAAUGCCCUGGACGCAGAGGGUCUAUUCGGACUGCAGUACUCUUUCUCAGUGGAAGUAAGGGACAGUGGAGAGGUGGUUAUGAGAGACUCAGCAAAUGUCGUAAUCUUUGUGGAGGAUGCAAACGAUGAGGCACCGUUUUUCUCUCAGAAUACAUUCUCUGUGUCUGUGAGUGAAAGUGAGGACACUCCGUUCCCUCUCCUGCCUCUCUUCUUCUUUGACGAUGAUGUUGAACCAAGCAACAGGGAGAGUUUCAUUACCAUUGACUCGGUAACCGGCUACCACACUCCGACCAAUAACUUUGUCACCCUCAGAGGGUCUGAUGCAUUCUCUGUGAACGAGAACAACACUCUGGAGCUGCGACGGAGUUUAGACCGUGAAAACAUUUCCUCGUAUGGCGUCACUGUAGCCGUUACCAAUACUGCUGACUGCUAUGAACAAGAUGGUGGUCAGUGCUCUAGUUUUGCUGUUAUUGAGGUGGCAGUGAUAGAUGUGAAUGACAACUAUCCUAGGUUCAGCUCCAUAUCAUAUUCUGGAGAGGUUAGCGUGACAGCUUCAGUUGGAACCUCAGUUCUAAGAGUGGACGCCUCAGAUGCAGACACUGGCAAUUUCGCAGCAGUUCGCUACAGCAUCACAGAUUCUCUGGAUGGUAGGUUCAGAAUUGAUGAGGAAACAGGAGUUAUCCUCACACGUGGCAGUUUUGAAAAUCUUGACGGACAAAUGCUCUCACUGACAGUGUUGGCCUCAGACAACCCUGACAGCUCUCCUUCACUUACUAGCACAGCUACUGUCAAUCUUGUCAUUCUCAAUGACUUCCAGAGAAUCAGUGUUCUCUUUAGCUGCGGGAUUGACACCAUUGUCCAGUCAGAGGCAGAGAUCACAAGGACCAUUGCCAAUGUGAGUGGACUGGAUAUUCAGGUAGAGAACUAUGCAGAUCACUCCGAUGACAUCAGGUCCAACUUCAUCUUCCAUGCAACUGAUCCCAACUCCAACAAAAUUGUGGACUUUGACGAGUUCUUCAUGCGACUGACAGAGAGUGGGGGAGACAAGGACACCGAGCUGAUCACCAAACUGAGCGCCAUUUGCCCAGUGGAAAAGAUCACAGCCUUUGCCAACAUUGAUGACUACGCAUAUCCAGAUGCUCUGGACACACAGACCAUUGUCAUCCUGGUCCUGUGUGUCAUUCUGUCGGCAGGGGCUAUAACCACACUAAUUCUCUCCAUUCGACAGAGAUGGGUGUACGUUGUACAGUACAAAAAAGGCAAAGAAAGAUUUCUGAAUAAAGGAAAUGCCAAGCUCUCCACGACACAAGGAGUCACGUUGUUUCUGGCAGAUGCUGUCUCGGCAUGUCCAGCUCUGCUCUCUCUGACGAGAUGUCCACCCAUGAGGAACUUGCAGCUGGCGGAGCUAAGCUCGGAAGGGAAGGACGUCACGGUGGUCCUGAGUCCACCCGCGAGCGGUGUUCGUUGCCAGUGCUCCAUGACGUCUACCGAGGAGGAAGAGCUGGACAAACUACCAUUCAGUGACAUGGUCAUGCGACUGGCGGACAAGGCGACGUCUCUGGUGAAGGAGAGGAUUUUAGCUGAGGAUCAGAGCAAAGUGUCUGACAGAGAGAAGGAAGCCAAGGUUCAGGGGUUUCUGAACCAGAUUGUCGCCACCAAUGCAACACUCCACGUCGCAUUCCCAAUCCACAGGGACGACGGUACGAUGGAGGUGAUUCAUGGAUGGAGGGCCCAACACAGCCAGCACCGCACCCCCUGCAAGGGAGGUAUACGCUACAGUGAAGACGUGACAGAAGACGAAGUCUGUGCACUGGCUGCUCUCAUGACAUUCAAAUGUGCCAUGGUGGACGUUCCCUUCGGAGGGGCCAAAGGCGGAGUCAAAAUCGACCCCGCCAAAUACUCGGUUAAAGAGCUGGAGAGGAUCACGAGAAGGUUUACGAUGGAGCUGGCCAAGAAGGGAUUCAUUGGUCCUGGACUGGAUGUGCCGGCCCCAGACAUGGGGACAGGAGCGAGAGAGAUGAGCUGGAUUGCCGACACCUACUCCAUGACCCACGGCUACAACGACAUCAACUCGUAUGCCUGUGUCACUGGGAAACCCAUCCCCCAGGGAGGAAUUCAUGGCCGCAUCUCCGCCACUGGUCGAGGUAUCUACCACAGUGUGAAGAGUUUCAUCAGCGAGGCAGAGUACUGUAGUGCUGUGGACAUUAUGCCUGGUAUCAAUGGAAAGACCUUCGUUGUUCAGGGGUUUGGUAAUGUUGGACUCCACUCGUGUCGCUACCUCCAUCGCAACGGAGCUAAACUGGUGGGUGUGGCCGAGAAAGACGGCAGUAUUAUUAACUACGAGGAAGGCAUCGACCCAAAGGAGCUGGAGGAUUACAAACUGGAACACGGGACUAUUGUGGGAUUUCCCGGAGCCACACCCACCUCUGAGAACCUCCUGACUGCAGACUGUGACAUCCUCAUACCUGCUGCUGGGGAACAAGUCAUCACUUCUGACAUCGCACGAGACGUCAAGGCCAAGAUAGUGGCAGAAGGAGCCAAUGGGCCUAUCACUCUGCCAGCCGAGAGGAUUUUGCACAGCAAGAAUGUGUUGGUUAUUCCUGAUAUGUUUGCCAAUGCUGGUGGAGUGACAGUCAGCUAUUUUGAGUGGCUCAAGAACCUCAACCACGUGUCGUACGGGAAACUUACCUGGAAGUACGAGAGGGAGUCAAACCAGCAUCUUCUCGAGAGUGUGCAGACCAGUCUGGAGGCAAAGUUCUCCGGAGGCAAACCAGGCACCAUUCCCAUCACACCAACUGCUGACUUCUCCUCCAAGAUGGCGGGAGCUAGUGAGAAGGACAUCGUUCACUCUGGUCUGGAGUUCACAAUGGAACGAUCCGCCACACAAAUCAUGGAGGCAGUGAGGGAUUACAAUCUAGGGCUGGACCUGCGUACAGCAGCCUAUGUGUGUGCUCUGAGGAAGAUCUACAAUGUUUAUCGCGAGGCUGGCAUCACUUUCUCCUAGUUCCCUCCAUUAGCUGCUGACACUUCACUGCCCCCAACUGCAGAUUUAUAUCUAGUUCUUUGUGAUCUGUAUGUAGGUCGUGGUCUCAUUGAUUGUGUUGCUGGCCUAUUGGUUGGAA